AUGUCGGCCUCCCAGAACGCACACGCUCCUUUCCCAGACGUCACUGGUCUUCGUACGUCCGGCCCCGGCUUUUCUCGUGUCGGCUCGCAAUGCAAGCAUUUGCGCGUACAGGAGGCGCUUCCUUUUGAUGCUCAAGCCAUCUCGCGCUUCUCCAACCAGGACCUCAGCCUCGCCGUGCUCUCCGUCUGGUCCGUCAUCCUGUUCCACUAUGGCUCUCACGAAGCAACCAACGUUGAGGUGCUCCACACAUCACAGUCCGGCGACGAGACCAUCGUUGAGCUCGACUUUGCAGAGCAGCGCGAGCUCGACCACUUUGCUCCAUCACAGCUCUCCAACUUCAUCGGAAAGGCUAGGCAGCGCCAAGUCAAGGCCGAGAUUCUCGAUCACGGCUACGCUGCUUUCUACCAGCCCGCCGGCCGCGAUGCUCCCUCAAGCCACUUUGAACAACUUCAGCUGCAAUCAAGACCUCAAGUCUCGCUCGCCCUCUCCUACCAUCUGUCGCAUGCCGGCCAUCUGGUCCUCGAGAUGAAAGCAGCGCCUGCUGUUCAUUCGCAGCAAUCGGCUCAGCUGCAGUUGCGUCAGCUCGCCGCUCUUCUUCAAUCGUACAACACCGACACUGAGCAGCAUGCCUUGUCUGUCGAGCGCUUCGAUUGGAAGCUUCGAGCCUCGGACAAUCCAAAGUAUCAACACCUUCCCGAUCCAGAUCAUCUCCAUGACCGAGAUGCAGACCGCCUCGAGACCGAGUUUGAGUACUUUGCCCACUCCUCUCCCUCUGCGCUAGCGCUCGAUUUUCGCUUCGAUCUCAAAGACCGAAAGUCCACCAAAUGGACCUACGCCGAGAUGAACGACCGUGCCGAAAAGGUUAAGCAGCUUCUUUGGAGCCACGGCAUCGGCUCGGCUAGCUCGGAUCCAGAAUCGGAUCACAUUGUCGCUCUCUAUCUCGAAAAGAGCCCCGAGACCUACCUGUCCUUCAUCGGCGUGCUCAAAGCUGGCGCCGCUUGGUGCCCCAUCGACACCGACUGGCCGGCUUCGCGUCGACAGGCACUACUCGCCAAGUCGAAUGCCAAGGUCGUCUUGACCCACGACGACAAGAUCUCUGAGCAACUUCAACAAGAUCUGCAAAGUCAGGACGUAAAAAGCAAAGGUGGCAUGAAGGCCAUUCGUCUCGAUCGACUUGACGACGAACUGCAACAAGUCGAAACGCCUCCUCCGGCAAGGGGCUCUCGCUCAAUACAGCAGCUGGCAUACAUGAUUUGGACAUCAGGUACCACCGGUCUUCCCAAGGGUGUCGGCAUUCAGCAUCUCGCCAUCAUUCAGGCUAUGCGUGCCCUUCGCCUCUACAUUCCUUAUGGCAAGGACAAGAUCGGCACAGACCAGAUCCGCUAUCUCCAAUACUCUGCCUACAAUUUCGACCUCUCCAUCAUGGACUGCUUCUACACUUGGGGCCUCGGUGGCACCAUCUGCUCGUGUCCACGCGGCGUGCUCCUCCAAGAUCUCGUCGAGGUUGGCAACAGCAUCCAACCUACACACACGCUCUUGACGCCUGCCGUCAUGGCCAUGACUGAGCGUCAUCGUGUGCCCAGUCUCAAGGUCGUCAUCUCCGGCGGUGAAAAGCUCAGUCAGGUCGUCGCCGACGAAUGGAGCAAGGAUUGCUGCCUUCUCAAUCUCUAUGGCCCCGCUGAGGCCACCCUCAUUGCCAUGAACCGUCGCGUACCCUUCGGCGAUCGAGUCAAGGCGCCCAACAUUGGAGUCGCCCUUCCCACCGUGUCGUGCCACGCUCUGGACAAGUACGAUCGCGUCGUCAUCAAGGGAGCUGUCGGUGAGCUCGUCCUUGGAGGCCCGCAGCUUGCCCGCGGCUAUGUUGGUGACCCGGUCAAGACUGCCGACAAGUUCUUCCCGCAUCCUCAGCUCGGCAGGGUCUACCGCACUGGCGAUCUCGUCCGCCAGCUCGACAAUCAGGAAUUCGAGUAUCUCGGCCGCAUCGACGAUCAAGUCAAGAUCAACGGUAUCCGUAUUGAGCUUCUCGAGAUCAACGCUGCCAUCAAGAACAGCCACGACAGGAUCAAGGACUCCGAGACCAUGGCGUUCCCCAAGAAGGACAACGAGAGCGAACAGCAGAUCAUCAACUUUUCUGCUCUGCCUGGCGGCGAACCGGGACAGCUGCUCAGGACCGAUGAUGAGGCCGUUGCCGUAGUUCGCGAGCUGCAAAGCCAUGCCAAACAGAAUUUGCCAUCCUACAUGGUUCCCAACCUCUUUGUCAUCCUCUCGCACUUCCCACGCACAUCGAGUGCCAAGAUCGAUCGAGUCGCCCUCAAAAAUGUUCUUGCCCAUUUUGACCAGCUUGACUGGGAAAACAAGCUGGCCAACGAAGGGGAUGAUGAUGUCGUUGAUGCGGCCACAGCCGAGGUAGAAACUUGCCUGAGAAAAUGGCUCGCCAAGCUGUGCAAUGUCGACGCAAGCAAGAUUGGCCGCAAGACGCCUUUCACCAGCGUGGGCCUCGACUCAAUCCGGGCAAUGACGUUCUCGCAACGCGUCUCGAAAGAGGGGUACUCGGUCUCUGUGCUCGAUGUGGCCCGCUUCCCAACCCUCAAAGCGCUCAGUGAGCAUCUUCAAAGCUCGCAGCAAGGGUCGGAAGAGCGGGUCAAGCAGGCCACCAGCUUUCUUGCCGAGUGGGAUGCCGCAUUCCGCCCAUCUGUAUCGUCGUGGUUGCAGCAGAGCAAGGAGGAUACCACUGAAGCAGAGAUUCAGUCCAUCUUGCCAUGCACACCCUUACAGGAAGGUAUGCUGGCCGAGUCUCAGCGCGACGGCUCGAGCUAUCGCAUUCAGCGUCAGUAUCAGCUGCCAGCCGAUUGCGAUGAGGAGCGUCUUUCGCAGGCCUUGAUCAAGACCGUCGCCCUCUUAGACAGUCUACGCACGUCCUUCGCUGAUGUGGGUUCUCUUGACCUGGACGCACAGAAGCGCGAAUGGCCGUUCCAGCCCCACUUCCUGCAAGUAGUGUGGAAAUCUUUCACUCCUCAGAUCAAGCAGCUACAGAUCAAAGAGGGCGACGAUGCUGAGCGCGUCAUUCUCUCUACUGCAGGUUCGCAACUUGCUCUCGAUCCUUUCGGCUCGACUCCGCCGGUAGGUUUUCUGUUGGUCAAGCAAGGAUCUCAGAGGUCUUUGGUCGUCGUGGCCCACCACAGCACGUACGAUGCUCGAUCGCUUGGAAUCUUUGAAGACCAUGUUGAGGCCUUCUACGAGGGUCAAACUCCGCCUCCUGCAUUGCAGUUCUCAUCCGCUCUCGCUCAGAUCCUCCCUAUCGAUCAACACGAGGCCCGUCGACACUUCGAUGUCUGGGACAAGGCGUUGUCUUCUUACCCAAAGGGAGAAGCCGCCUCUUUUCCUACUCUGUUUCUGACCAAGCCAUCGGGUGCCGGCGUAGAACAAGCCAGCUUGCAUCAGUCGCGAUACGUGGAUGCAGGAGUGCAGUGGACUCAAGUCGAGGCCGUGUGCCGCCAACUUGGUGUCUCUGCUCGUCCUGUCGUGCAGACGGCGUGGGCCAUAGUGCUGGCUGCGUACACCGAGUCACAGCAUCUGAUCCUCGGUGACUCGGUCUCGGGCCGAACACUGUCUGCCGAGCUUGACCAGGUGUACGGCCCUGUCUUGUCUACAGUGCCCGUACCGUUUGUGUUGCGUCCGGCGCAAAAGGUCGGGCACCUCAUCAAGGAGGUGGACGCCUUCCACACGUCCAUCAUGGAAGCACAGCACACAGACCUGGCAGCGAUCCGACGGAUGCUUCAAGUGCCACCUGGAGAGCACCUCUUCCACUCUGUAUUUGUUCUUGAGCCCGCUCCUCAGGAACCCGAGGAACCUGCAUCCAUGCACUUCCGCUUGAACAAGCUCGCAGACCUUGGCGUGGCCACCGAGCACGUUUUGGGUGUCGAGGUGCUGCCCGCUUCGAAUGGAUCGGUCAAGCUCGGCUUGAGCUGGCAGAAGAGCGUCAUUGGUGAAUCCUUCGGGAGGCUUAUGCUUGAGCAGUUCAACCGCAGCCUCUCGGCACUGUGUUCUUCAUUGGACGGUGAUGUCGGGUCGUUCCUGUACCACGGCUCUCCGCUGGAAGACCAGAGCUUGCCUCUGUAUUCAGUGACCAUAUUGAACGCCCAAGAAGAGCGUACAUCAGCAAGGUUCGAGGGAGUGGCAGGCUCGCUGAAUGAACAAGCCAUCUCGGAGAACAGGUGCGCAGUCGAAAUUUAUCAAGACCUGGCUGACUCUCCGUCGGCUCGCAAGCCAACCGCAACGCUGUCCUAUGAAGGUUUGCAGCGGGCAAGCGAUGGUGUGGCAAGCCUCCUCCGAUCGCUUCCUCGCAACUCGGUCAUUGGCGUCUCCUUGGAGCGUAGUCUGGACAGCUACAUUGCCCCGCUGGCAAUUCUGAAGGCUGGUCAUGCGUAUCUGCCACUGGACGCGACGCUGCCGAUCGAUCGUAAGAACGAGCUGAUCAAAGACAGCGGUGCCGUGCUCCUUAUUUCAUCGAGCAAAGAUGUCGACUUUAGCAGCUUGGCAGACGUGAAGAAGCUCGAUGUCGAAUCGAGCGAGUUCCGCUAUGCUGCCAAGGGAACCUCUUCUGACGCUACCAGCGUCGUAAAGGUUCGUCCCGACGACGUGGCUUUCAUCAUCUACACCUCGGGCUCCACGGGCAAACCAAAGGGUUGCUUGCUGAGCCAGGCGAACCUGGCUGCCGCCAUCGAAGGCUUCCACUCUUCCUAUGAGAAGGAGGCGCCGGGUUCGUUUGAGGCUCCUGCACGCUUCCUGGCCCGUUCCGCCGAGGCUUUCGAUGUCCACCUGCUGGAGAUUUUCCUCUCGCUGCGCGUCGGUGCGACCAUUGUCACAGGUCCUCGUGCCCUCAUUCACGACGACAUUGCCAAGACCAUCUUCACACUCGAGGUGACGCACGCUUGCGUGGUACCGUCCCUCUUCUUUAGUAGAGGCGAGCGAAUCAAGCCUAGUGCAGUUCCGUCGCUGCGAGUGCUGAUCAUCGGCGGUGAAGCUCUCACGCAGGAUCUCUGCCAGAUCUGGGGCAGCUCGGGAGAAGAGAGGCCCGUCGUUCUCAAUGCCUAUGGACCAAGCGAGGCUACCAUUGGCAAUUCGGUCGCUCGAGUCCGCAAAGACUCUCGGCCUAGCAAUAUUGGCAAGCCCUUCCCCGGCACGCAGUACCUGGUGCUCAAAGAUGUCGAUGGAGAGCGUGUGCCGACCCUGCGAGGAGAGCCAGGCGAGCUGUGCAUCGGGGGUUUGCAGGUCGCAAAUGGGUACUUGAACCGUCCCGACUCUUCGUCAUUUAUCGAGUAUCAAGGUCGACGCGUGUACUGCACCGGAGACGUGGUUCGUCUGCACCCGAGCGAUGAAGUCGAAUAUCUCGGUCGUAUGGACGGCUCACAGGUCAAAGUAAGAGGCGCUCGUCUCGAGCUUGGAGAGGUGGACGCCGCGCUCUCCACCUCUCUGAAAGAAGAUCUUGGAGCGAUCGGUGCUGCUGUCACGAUUCAUACGGAUCACCCCAAGGUCGAAGGACCCGCGCGGCUGGUGUCGUUCUUUGCACCAGACAGCGCCCGGACAAAGAAAGAGCACAGCCUCGAUCCUACUUCGCUGCUGCUGAACGCACCCGACGCUCUCAACCAAGCGACUGAGCUGAGGAGACGCGUGCGUGCUCGUCUGCCACAGUACAUGGUUCCUUCGCUGGUCCUUCCGCUCACGUAUCUUCCCAUCUCUGCCCUGUCGGGCAAAGCGGACCGACGUCUGCUGAAAAAUCUCUACCAGGCGGUUGAUGCGAGUCAACUUUCUUCGUUUACAACAUCCAGAAACGCUCAGCAGAGAGACCUGACCGAAAGCGAGCAAGCCGUUGCCGAUAUCGUGCGCGGAUCCAUCCGUCUUGCUUCGGAUGUCAAGAUCACUCACGACCUGGAUCUCAUCAUGGCCGGGCUGGACAGCUUGAGUGUCGUCACGCUGGCGAGCAAGCUGCGGAAGCAUGGAUAUGAUGCUUCUGUCUCGUCCAUCAUGAAUGAACCGACCAUCGAGGCUAUUUCUCGUCAGCGUAGCAACAAGGGUGCUUCCAAUGGUCGCUGUGAUGCAGACUGGGAGCAAAAGGUGGCAGAGCUCACUGAUAAGGUCAGGGCGCUGCCGCAGUUCAGCCACACUGCCAUCCAGACUGCGCUGCCAUGCGUGCCCAUCCAGACUGCUUUGGUAUCCCAGGCUCUUGCAGACGAGAGCGGUGUUCCUCCCUACAUCACUACGAUCACUAUCCAUCUGUCCAGCAGCGAGUACUCUGUCGAGCAGAUUCGCGAUGCUUGGAUGACCACGCUGUCGAGGCACGAGAUCUACCGUACUGUCUUUGCCGACGUCGAUCGCGGGCUCGUUCAAGUGGUGCUGUCUGCGGACGCUUUGGUGAAGAACUGGUCUACUGGGUCCGAAGCUGUACCUACGGCGGAGAAGCUAGCGGACUAUCAUGCUCGUGCAGCGAAGGACAUUGUCGCUAACAUCGGCACUGUGCCUGCUCUGCGACUUAGGUUGUGGAAAGGAGAGGGAACUGCACCUUCUCUUACUCUCACCUGCUCCCAUGCCAUCUACGACGGUGACUCGAUUCGCAUGCUUCUCAAGGAGGCUUCGGAGCGACUUUCUUCUAAGUCGCACGAUGCGCCUGCUUUGCCUUUCCAGGCUGCGACUCGCUCCAUUGUUGGUGAGGCAAAGGAGGAGGAGGCCAAGCAGUUCUGGACCGAGACGCUGGCAGACUUUUCGCUCACUGAAGUGCCCAACUUGACGGGUGUGCGGCCAGAGCAUCAGAAGAGUCGCAGCGAAGAGCUUACAGUCACCUCGCGCAUUCCUUUCGCUCAAUUGGAAAAGGCUGCUCGUGCUUGCAAGGUGACAGUGCAGUCGGUCUUGGUGGCUACAUUUGCUCAUCUGCUGGGUCUUUACGUCGGUGAGAGCGAAGUCACGCUGGGUCUCGUUCUGUCUGGCCGAAGCAUCCCGGUUGACGGCGUCGAGUCGAUCCACGGGCCUUGCGUCACGACAGUGCCGCUGCGUUUGACCGAAACACGAUCCGGUGCUUAUGCGGACCUCUGCAGGCAAGCUCUUCAGGCGGUGAACGGUAUCUUGCCGCAUCAGCAUGUCUCGUUGCCGCAGCUGAUGCGUUGGCUCGGUCUCUCGAGAGCGCCUUUCGAGGCCCUGUUCUCGUACCUGGGACAGACGGAACCGUCACACGGGCAAGAUCUGUUUUCGGAGGGAGACACUCAGAUGGCAAGGGACUAUCCUUUGGCGCUCGAGGUCAGUGCUGUCGGCGACGCGGUCCAAAUGCACCUCGCAUUUGACACUCGGUCGCUCCCUGUCGGGCAGGCCCAGCUGAUGCUGGCUCAGUAUGACGACGUCCUUGCUGUGAUGACUGGGUCGAAGCAAGGCGAGUCAGUCGAUGAAGGGACUUUGUCGAUCCUCAACAAGGACUGCUAUGUGCCGACUAGCCAUAGAGAGACGAUCGUGGCUCGGUUCGCGGAGCAUGUGCGAAAUGACCCGGGCGCUCCGGCCGUGGCAUUCGCGUCGUCAAUGCAGGAGGCGCCGAAGGUGACCUCGUAUGCCGAGCUGGACUCGCUGAGCACCAACAUUGCUCUGCAUCUUGUCGGCCUGACUGGUCCUUUCGUCGGAGUUCAUCUGAACAAGGAAGGACCCGAACUGUAUGCUACCAUCUUAGGUAUCUGGAAGGCAGGGAAGGCGUAUCUGCCGCUGGAUCCUACUUUGCCAGCAGAGCGAUUGUCGUACAUGAUCCAGUCUGUCGGGGACUGCCCGGUCGUGGCGAGUCAGUCGACCAAGGAGAAUCUGUCGAGCUUUGGAUGCGAAGUGCUUGAUCUGGCGGAGCUUGUUGAGGCACCUGCUAUUCGACGAGAACUUCCGCCGCACAGCCUUGAUGCACCUUGCUACCUGCUCUUCACGUCGGGUUCAACGGGCAAGCCAAAAGCGGUGCAGAUCAAUCAGCGCGCUCUGGCUGGUGCUCUGUAUUCGUGGGAGAGGAUGCUUCCGUUCUCGCGCAAGUCUCGGUUCUUGCAGCUUGCUUCCAUUGGAUUCGACGUGUGCCUGAUCGAGAUGUGCAUGCCCCUGUCGCUCGGAUUCUCGAUUGGCACUGCACCGAAGCAGGAACUGCUCGAAGACCUGACGCUCUCGAUCAAGCAUCUAGGCAUCACGAUUGCUGACCUUCCUGCGGCCCUUGCUGGCACGGUACAUCCCGAGGACGUGCAGCUCGAGUGGCUUAUGAGCGGCGGCGAUGUGAUCGACUCUCGCGUUGUCGACGAAUGGAAUCAGGCUCAGCGUCUCCUGAUCAACGCGUGGGGUCCGACAGAGGCCACGAUUGGUAAUACGCUGGGUCAGGUCAAAACGGGCGCCACGCGGAACGCAAUCGGACGUGUGUACCCUGCGUCGUCGAUGUUUGUGCUGGAGGAGGGCUCGACUCGUGUCUUGCCCUCCGGUGCUAUUGGCGAGCUGGCGGUGGGCGGGCCGCAGCUGGCUGACUGCUACUAUGGUCGUGAGGAGCUGACUGCCGAAAAGUUUGUCUACAUGGAGGAUGGCACUCGAGUUUAUCGUACCGGUGAUCUUGGUCGAUUCUUGCACGACGAGACGGUCGAGUGUCUCGGUCGCAUCGGAUCGGAUCGCCAGGUCAAGGUCAACGGGCAGCGCAUGGAGCUUGACGAAGUAUCGGCUGUCUUGUCGAUUCAGUCUGGUGUCCACGAUGCCGAUGUGCAGUACCUCAAGCCCCCGUCGAUGGGUACCAAACAGCUCGUAGCGUUCAUCGCUGCUGCUGACUCCCGAUCCAACCAGGGCGAGUUGGCCGUUCGUCAGGACGAUCAGGCUAUCGAGCUGUGCGUCCGACUCGAGCAGGAGGCUGCCAAGCGUCUCGCGGCUUACAUGGUGCCUACGCACUGGAUCGUUAUGACGCGUGGUCUUCCGUUGACACAUAACAACAAGGUUGAUCACAAGGCGCUGGCGGCUGCCUAUGCUAGUUGGGACGGCUCGCUGCUGCGCGAAAUCGGGGCGAAGCGGGAGGGUGCGGUCGAGGGGCAGGCGUGGACUGAGGAGGAGGAAGAGCUGCGCAGAUGCGUGGCAGGGUUCUGCGAUGUGCCCGAGGAUCAGAUCGCGAGGAAUACGUCGUUCCAUCGUCUGGGGAUUGAUUCGAUUUCGGCUAUUCGGUUGGUCAAGGAGAUUCGUAAAGCCGGAUUCGACUUUACGGUGGCCGACAUGCUUAGCACGCCGAACAUUGCUGCUCUUGCGGAGAAGCGUGGUCGAAAAGCAACUGGUGUUGCUGAGGAGCAGCAGCCAAAGGAUGGUCUGAGGGAGUGGGUGGAGCAGAUCGGACCUGUGGCCGAGAAGGAGGGCUGGAAGUGGUCUGCUACUGACUCGAUCGAGUCGAUCUUGCCGUGCACGCCGUUGCAGUCUGGUAUGAUUGCGCAGUCGCUUGCUUCGUCUGGCAAACUUUACUUCCAUCAUCACGCUUUCGAAGUCAAGGGAGUAUCGUCUCAGCACGUCAUCACGGCUUGGGAAAAGCUGGUCCAGCGCCUCGACAUUCUAAGGACUACGUUCCACCCCGUGGACGGCAAGCAUUCUUGGGCACAGGCGGUUCAUGCUCAGGUCGAGCCUCGCAUCUUGGAGCAUGCCGGUACCUUCCAGAGUCGUGCUUUGGGUACAACUGAGGGACAGCUGGUGUUUGAUGACGAGCAGGUAUUCCGCCGUACGCCAUAUGCGCUUCAUUUGUGGUCCCAACCAGGUGGGCUUGUUGUCGUGCUUAGCAUUCACCAUGCUUUGUAUGAUGGUAGCUCACUCCCGCAGAUGUUGGAGGACUUUGGUGUGUUGAUUGGCGGUGGCGUGGAGAAGGAUGGAUUGACGGAGCGACUGCCAUUCUGGAAGCUGGUGCCGUCUCUGUUGUCGCAGGACGAAGAUGUCCAGCAUUGGGUUGGUGCUCUCGGUGGGUUCCAGCCGGUGCUGCUUGCCGAACGCUCGCCCGAGCAUCAAGGCGUGGCUGUGCUUGUUGAAAGGCAGCUGGCGCUGACUUCGCACGAGCUAGAGACUCGUUGUCGUGCGGCGGGUGUGGCACCGCAGGUGCUGUGCAAUCUUGCGUUCGGAAAGCUGCUAGCGGUCGAGAGCGGGACUCGGGAUGUAUGCUUCGGGCAGCUCUUUGGGCUGUUGGACUUGGUGCCGGAGGGGGACACUGCUGUUGGGCCAGCGUUCAACACGGUUGCUACUCGAAUCAGGUUCGGAGAGCUUGGGGAGUCUGUCAGCAGCGUUGCGGCCGCGCUUCAGGCGGAAAAUGACGCCGGUAGGCCUCACCGACGGGCUGCUCUUCGGGACGUGCAGGCCAAGCUCGGUCGUGGACAGCUAUUCGAUGCGCUCUUUGACUACCAGAGGGCGUACGACGAGGCUGGCGAUCCCAAGUUGAAGCCGAUCGAAAUGGCUGACGACGUCAGCGAACGGGCGCAGUACACUCUCAAUGUCGCAUUUGUACAGGGCCCGGAGCGGAUGUCGAUUGUUGCGAAGGCGGAUGGUGGACGCUAUGGCGAGCAAGCAGUUGCAGGUUUGGUGGAUCGACUCGAGGCGUUGGUGCUGCAGCUUUCAGAGCACCUCGAGGAGCCGAUCUCAAAUUUGCCAAGCGUGUUCGGCGGGACACUCUUCCCGCAGCACCUUGCGGAAACCUCAACCGCCGUCAACGGGUCGCCCACCUCCAACGGUGCUUCGCAACAGUCUGUCGGUACCGAGAAACCUCUCAGCGACGACGGGCGCAAGCUGGCCUGUAUCAUCAGCAAGGUCGCAGGGGUCGAUGAGGCGGAGUUGCAUGGCAACACACGUUUGUCGCUGCUUGGCCUCGAUUCGAUCUCGGCUAUCCGCAUCGCGUCGCAGGCGAGAAAGGCUGGGAUUCAGCUGCGCAUGGGAGAGAUUGUUGCGGGCGAGACAAUCGAUGGAAUUCUCAAGGGUCGAGCUGCAGCUGAUGGUGGCAAGGUCAACGGUCACGUCAAUGGCGCAAACGGUCACGCUAAUGGUCAUGCUAAAGGUGCAUCGAAGGUGGUACCUGAGCUGGCGAGGCAAGUUGCAGCUGGUCUUGGUGUCGGAAUGGAGCAGAUCGAGCGUGUGCUUCCUAUCCUGGCCGGGCAAAAGCGGUGGCUCGCUACGUGGGCGCGGUCGCAGGGAGGAGGCGGAUUCAGCUUUGCGUACCGCCUCUCUGACGCCCAGGUGGACAGAGUCAAGGAGACGUGGCGUAAGCUACGACAGCUGCAGCCGAUUUUGCGCACUGCGUUCUUACUCGGAGAGGACGGUAGUGCCGCACAGGUCGUUCUCAAGCCCGAGUCCGUUCUGGCUGCUUCAGGCUUUGAAGAGGUGCCAGUGGAACGAGGGGCUGCGGAGGAGGCGGCCAAAGAGGUGAUUAGGCGACGUGCGGUCGACGGAUGGCCGGAUCUGUCGAGACCUCCGGUGCAGCUGACUCUUGCGGGAGACGUCGUGGUAUUUUCGCUGCACCAUGUGCUUUACGAUGCGUUCUCGAUCGAGAUGCUCGUGCAAGACUUUGGCGAGCUGUACAGCGGUGGGGAUCUGGUCAGCUCCAGCGAGUGGGUGGAGGCCGUCGAGCAUGUUGCAGAGAAUCAGCUGUCGAGGAGAAGCGAUGCGCAGCAGUAUUGGUCUCGGGCACUCGAGAAGGGCAGUAGCGGUGUACUUGCGAAGCGAGCAGGUGACGGUAGCGACGAUGAAGCGUUCCAUCUCGAGCGGAACGCGAUUUCCGUCGACGCGAACUUGGAUGUCAAGAUCCGUCGAGCAGGUCUGACGUUGCCUGCGAUCGUGGUUGCAGCUUGGUCGACUGUUCUCUCCGAGCGCAUGGCUGCAUCUGCGUCCGCUUCACCGGUGUUUGGCCUGUACCAGCUCGGUAGAUCGGCGUCGUUCGAGGCGAUCGAAAAGGUGUCCGGUCCGCUGCUUAACUGUUUGCCUCUGCAGGUGCGCGGUGGCUCGAUGGCGGAGAGAGCGAAGGAGGCGGUAAGGGAGCUGAAGACGAGGGGGAAGUUCGAGCAGACGGACUUGGUGGACGCGCAUCGCUGGGGUGGACUUGCGACGGAGGAGGCGUGCUACAACACGUUUGUGAAUAUUCUCAUCGGAGGCGAGAAAGGUGAGGAGGGAAAGGCGCGACUGCAGGCGCUGGAUCUCGGGCAUCCGCUCGAGUACGCAACAGCAAAGCAAGACCAGAAUGGUCUGCGUGCAAAAGCGCAAGUGGUAUCUGAACACCCAGCCAUCUGGCAACCCGACGUCAAUCUAGAUGUCGUUCUCCGGAACGAUGGAGUAGAUGUGGCGAUCAAAGCCAAGACCAGUGUUGUUGGUGCGGAUGAGCUGCCACGCGUGGUGCAGAGGCUCGUCGGCCUGGUUCAAGAGUCGAUCGCUCAGCUGUAG